AUUCCAAAGUGCUUUUCAUUUUGUAUUUGCUAUGGACAAGAACAAAAAAUUUGAACAAAAGAAACUAAUAACAGUAGAAUACAAGGUCUCAAUGUACUGCAACGAGUGUGAAAGAAUCGUUGCCAAAACAUUGAUAAAGUGUAAAGGAGUGGAAAAGUUCAUCACCGACAUGAAGAAAAACCUGGUGGUGGUAACAGGUUGGAUUGAUCCCAUGAAAGUAAAGAAAAAACUUAAGAAGAAAACGGGAAAGAGAGUAGAGAUUGUGCGUAACGAGGAUGAAGAAGUGGCAAAAGAUGAUUCACAUGAAUCUGAUAAACUUGUGGUAAUGUAUCAGUUCGCGGUUGAAAAUGAUUGUUGCAUAGAGACGGAAGCCACGAUGAUAUUGAGUGAUGAGAAUCCACAUGCAUGUGCACUAAUGUAAAAAAGGGGUUAUUCCAGAAUUUGUACGAUCAUCCUUUGACGGCAGAAACUGAAAAAGAAAAACUUGAUUUGUUUAGUGAGAGAAGUAUCUUUUUAUCUUGAAGUUGUUGGCAGUGAAGGAUUGGCACACAUGUGAUCCAUUCUAUGGCUUGUCAUUCUCAAAUGCUUAAUCUACGCAACCAAACUUUUUGCCGUGCUUCCUAUUAACCUGAAAAGUCGCAUCAAAUUUCCACCAAACUUCAAUAUGCGCUAAGCACCACACAUUCAUAGUGCACAUGGCAUCAUCAAUUAUUUUACUCAUAGUGCGGGCUUUUUAUAUUUUGUUUUAAACAUCCACCUUCUAAUCUAAUGCCUCGCUUUUCAUCUAAAUUUCAUUACAUGUUAUGCCGGCAGUCCUUAAAUUUUACAAAACCAACACAUUAUGUUUUAUAUUUCGUCUUUUCUUUUGUUGAAAUAUCAUAAAUGUUUCUCACAACAUUGUUCUUGACAAAAAAAAAUACACAAGUUUCGAUAAAAAUCACAUGUGAAUAAUUUUAGCAGAUUUUACUCUGGUAGACAUUUCUAGAAUCGAUGACAAAUGAGGUUGUAUGGACCAAUUUCCUCAGCAAAAUGGCAAUGAUUUGAAAUUCAGUUUGGAACAUGUCAGAA